AUGAACGACCUCUUAAAGGUCCAAGAAAUCGAAAAGCAAUAUGAGAAGCUUGAGAAGCAUCUCAAGAAGCUUCAGGGGGCACACGAGGAGACUAAAGCCGUCACUAAGGCUCCUGCAAUGAAAUCGAUCAAACAGAGGAUGGAGAGAGACGUUGAUGAAGUGGGAAGAAUCUCUCGUUUCAUCAAAGGAAAGAUCGAAGAACUGGAUCGAGAGAAUCUAGAGAACCGGACUCAACCGGGUUGUGGGAAAGGAACUGGAGUAGACAGAACAAGAACUGCCACAACUAUCUCGAUCAAAAAGAAGUUCAAGGACAAGAUAUCUGAAUUCCAAACUCUAAGACAGAACAUUCACCAAGAGUACAGAGAAGUUGUAGAGAGGCGUGUGUUUACAGUGACUGGCCAACGAGCUGAUGAAGAGGCAAGGACAUAUAAAACUCUAUUGAUUGAAACCGGAGACAGUGAGCAGAUUUUCCAGAAAGCAAUCAUGGAGCAAGGGCGAGGUCAGAUAAUGGAUACACUGGCUGAGAUACAGGAACGCCAUGACGCAGUAAGAGAUAUAGAGAAGAAACUUUUAGACCUACAACAGGUCUUUCUUGAUAUGGCCGUGCUGGUGGAUGCACAGGGAGAGAUGCUAGACAACAUAGAGAAUAUGGUCUCGAGCGCUGUGGAUCAUGUUCAAUCCGGGAACAACAACCUAACAAAGGCAAUAAAGAGCCAGAAAAGUUCAAGGAAAUGGAUGUGCGUUGCCAUCUUCAUCCUUCUUCUCAUCAUCAUCAUUACCGUUAUCUCUGUUCUCAAACCAUGGACACAGAAACAUGGUGCUUAG